AUGCAGGAGUCACUGAGUCAGUUCCCGCAAGGUCCCUCAAUCUUGGCGUUUGAUGCUAUAAAGCAAACACCAAACUCGAGUAUGGCAUCGCCAGCUAGCUCGCAGACCAAUUCCAGUGUCACCUCGCCCGAGAUCAAGGUCACACCAGAUCAUGGCGAAGGUGGCGACUUGCAACUAUCUCAGCCAGCGACUGGUAGCAGGGCCGUUAGCUGUGAGGAGAACGGACCACCUUCAGGAUCACCAUCAAGCACGAAAGCGCCACCAUCCAAUCCGACUGCUACUUCCAAGCAGAACAAGCCGGACUUGAAGCUAGAUGUCAAGCCAGAGUUGAAGAGACAAACCUCGGGCUAUGGCUCGCUGAAAAUCUUCAAAGGCCUUGGAAACAACGGCAAUCGCUCCUCGAGCAGUCUUUUUCACCGUAACGAGAAGUCGUCUGCGCCUCACAGCCUCGGAAGCGGUAGCGGCACUCAGAGUCCAACGCCAGAGACACCCAACGUCAAGGCUAUCUUCUCCAAGAACACUUGCCCGGACCUUAACUCGGUUAAUCGCGCUCUGGAAGAACUUCGUAUUCAGUCUCGAUCCGAAGACGAUCCAUUCGUCAAACAUCUCUCUCGCCUCCAAUCUGAGAUCCGUAGUGCUGAGCAAGACUGCAAGAAGCUGCUGUCCCUCGCCAUGCAAGAGCGUGACCUAAGGCGCUACGAGGUGUGUCGCGGUCUCUGCAUUCGCAUCGUCCACAAUCAGCACUCCCAAGCCGACACUAAAGUCUAUGCCUACAACAUUUUGGCCACCCAAGCUUCACCAGGCCAAGCAGGAAAGUUCCUGGAUGAGGCGGCCAAGUUGGUGCAAAGGGACAUUCCAAGUCCUGAUAAGGAGAAACUGAUGAGCGUGAUCGCUUUACUUCGUGCUGGAGCCGUUGCUAAAGACACCAAAUCUAAGACCAAUGGCAACGUUCCGAGUCAGGAGAAUGACUCUUCUACCGCCUCCAAAGCUCCUCCAACAGCCUCUGGAGGUCUGCGAGUUCCGGCGGCAAGUAUGCCAUCGGGAGCUAUGACGCCGAAGAGUGAGAAGAUCUUGCAAUGGGCAGCUCCGCCUAAGAGAGCGGAUAGCGUUUAG